UGAUGGUGGCCGUGCCCUAAUCACAUCUUGCAUCCCUCCCACCAUCUCCCAUCUGCCUCAUCCGUGAUUUUCAAACAUGUCAGGCUCCUGGCUCAUCGUAAAGACGCCCUACUACUCCGCCUAUCAGUAUUCGGGCGGAGCAGUCGGCGUCGUGCUCGAACCUAGGGCGACCGAUGCCGAUCCCCACAACAUACCGCCCCAAACCACGCGCGAGCCCGACGCAGAAGGAAAGGUGUGGUAUUACGAACGUGAGAACGAGGAGAACGAUAAGGACUGGAGGAAGAAGCUCGGCGAGGUGAUUGCGAGACAGGUGGUAGAGCAGGAUGUGAAGCGACAAAGGGAUCAAUGGAGUGGUAAUCCAAAAACCUCUAUCCUGUUCGAAUUUCCUGUUGGGUAUACCCUCUGGGUUCAUUACACGCAAGAUCGACAUGUCCCCAGGCACGACACGUACUUGUACGGUUCUCGUACCGUAAACAACUUCCGCUCGCCCGCCGAGUUCGCCGAGCACCUCAUCUGGCUCAUGAACGGGAGUGCGGUCGACCGGGACGGCAAUACGCUCUGUCGAUGCGUAUACUGCUGUCCGGGUCGCACGCAAGAAGAGAUCUCUGCGGAGCUCGGGGUGAGGCGCCCGUCAGAUAAGAAGGAGAAGAGGAGAUCUGGGCAGGAGGAAGGGAGUGGGAGUCGGCCGGCUGGGAGGCGCCGGAAGAGCACGGUGGUGACGACGAUUCCGGCGAAGGAUUAUACCAAGCUUAAUACCAAUCCUUCGACCUGA